CCACAUCGCUCUCCGUCCGCCGCCGGGCUUUUCUGCGCGCGCGGGUCUCUCAGGCCUAGGAGACCGCGAUGGCGUUCCUGUGUCAGCGCGACAGCUACGCACGGGAGUUCACCACCACCGUGGUCUCUUGCCGUCCUGCCGAGCUACAGACGGACGCGAGCGGAGGCAAGAAAGAAGUGCUGAGCGGUUUCCAAGUGGUUCUGGAAGACACGCUGCUUUUCCCCGAGGGCGGAGGCCAGCCUGAUGACCGUGGUACCAUCAAUGACAUCUCUGUGCUGAGGGUGACCCGUCGCGGGGCCCAGGCCGAUCACUUCACACAGACACCUCUGUCCCCGGGGAGUCACGUCCAGGUCCGGGUGGACUGGGAGCGGAGGUUUGACCACAUGCAGCAGCAUUCAGGGCAGCAUCUCAUCACCGCCGUUGCUGACCUUCUCUUCGGGCUGAAGACGACCUCAUGGGAACUGGGGAGACUCCGGAGUGUGAUUGAGUUGGACAGCCCUUCUGUGACUGCUGAGCAGGUAGCUGCCAUCGAGCAGAGUGUCAAUCAGAAAAUCCGAGACCGGCUGCCUGUGAGUGUGCGGGAGCUGAGCCUGGAUGACCCUGAGGUGGAGCAGGUGAGGGGCCGGGGUUUGCCGGACGAUCACGCUGGGCCCAUUCGAGUUGUUACCAUCGAGGGUGUUGAUUCCAACAUGUGCUGCGGGACGCAUGUGAGCAAUCUCAGUGACCUUCAGGUCAUUAAGAUUCUGGGCACUGAGAAAGGGAAAAAGAACAAAAGCAACCUGAUAUUUCUAGCUGGGAACCGGGUACUGAAGUGGAUGGAGCGAAGUCAUGGAAGUGAAAAGGCCCUGACCUCACUGCUUAAGUGUGGAGCGGAGGAUCACGUGGAAGCAGUGAAAAAACUCCAGAAUGCCACCAAGCUCCUGCAGAAGAACAACCUGAACCUCCUUAGAGACCUGGCUGUACACACUGCCCACAGCCUCAGGAGCAGCCCAGCCUGGGGAGGUGUGGUCACACUACACAGGAAAGAGGGUGAUUCUGAAUUCAUGAAUAUCAUCGCCAAUGAGAUUGGGUCAGAGGAGACCCUCCUGUUCUUAACCGUGGGGGACGAGAAGGGUGCUGGGCUCUUCUUACUGGCCGGCCCGGCAGAGGCUGUGGAGACCCUGGGGCCCAGGGUGGCUGAAGUCUUGGAAGGCAAAGGAGCAGGGAAGAAAGGUCGCUUCCAGGGCAAGGCCACCAAGAUGAGCCGACGGGCAGAAGUGCAGGCGCUUCUGCAGGACUAUGUCAGCACACAGAGUGCUGAGGAGUAAGGGGCCAGGAUGUCAUCCCUGUGACCACAGCAAUCUCUCAGACAGUAAAAUAUCGUGACUCAAA